UAUAACCUAAAGUAGUGCUCAAAUUUAAUCAAUCUAAAUGAAAUAUUUACCAAAAACUCAACAGCAAUCCUGAAACAUAUCAGGAAAUUUUGGUGCCUGUUGUAACAGUAUACUUAUUGAUAUAUUGCAGAAUAAAUUAAAACAUAGUCCAUCGUGUUACACCUGUAAAUUACAACAAAAAUAAGAGUAAUUAUGAAGACCUGUGAUUUUAUGAAAAAGUUAUAUAGCACUUCCAAUUUUUUUACAUGAACAACUUGUUCCUUUAGCUAAUCCUUGGACAUAAAAACGAAGGCUAAUAAAAAAUCCACACAUAUUUACCUACUAUGACCAUUUUCUGAAUUGUUUUAUGCUCCCCACCCCCUAAUUACAUAGAUAAAUAUGGAUAGGAAAUUCUGAUGCAUUAUUCCACACUUCCAAGACCUAAAACCAACAUUGCAUACAAAGGGCAAGGUGUCAAUUCCUCACAUGGAAAAAAAUCCCAGUUUCAGACCUGUGUAAACACUUCCCCUGGGGAGUUGAAAUCAGUAGGGGCUCUGUGCCAGGUGGCUGGGGAUAGCAAGCUCACGCAAACAUCCUGCUGCCUGGCUUCCUGCUGCCCUGUAUAAAGAGACCCUAGCUCACCCAAAAAUCAUAUCAGCUUACAGAGUUUGUCUGAAGUUCAUGAGUGAAAAAUACUGUCAUCUUAGAGGAGGGAAAAAAUAGAGUUGCCAGAAGACAGAAUGCCAGGAAGAAAAAGGGCCAGAAAAUGGAAUUUUCAGCCAGGCAAUACCUAUGGUUCUCAGUACUGGCAAGGUGUCAGUGAAAAAAAAGCAGACCAGAGGAAAGAAGAAAGUCACCCUUUUACCAGACUGAGUGCUUCUCAGUAUGAAGACCAUGUGGCAGUGAGGAGAGACGGCAAUCUCAGCCUCUAUAAUGACGACGGAAAUCCUGCUCCAGUGAGGUUGCUGAGACCAGUAAAACCAAAGGCCACACUCCAGCCGCCUGAGGCUGCUGAUGGCAAGCCACCAAAAAUGUCCAGAAACAUAUACUUUGCAGGAAGCAUACGUGCUGGCCGACAAGAUGCAGAAUUGUAUGCUAAAAUCAUUGAUAAACUGAGAAAAUAUGGGACAGUACUGACGGAGCAUGUUGGCUUCAUGGGAGCUGAAGACAAAGAUCCAGAUAAGAAACUCACAGACAAGGAAAUUUAUGACAGGGAUAUGGCAUGGCUUAAGCAGAGUGACGCCAUUGUGGCAGAAGUCACCCAGCCAUCUCUAGGUGUUGGAUAUGAAAUAGGGAGAGCAAAUGCUAUGGGGAAGAAGAUAUUGUGUUUGUUUAGACCUUCCUCUGGAAAAAGUUUGUCUGCAAUGAUAAGUGGAGCUGAAGGUGGUUCCUCUAAGCUGAUCAACAAAAGUUAUGAGAAAUUAGAAGAUGUGGACCCCAUUUUCAGUGAAUUCUUCCAGUCAUGAUGGUCUCCAAGUCUGAUCCCCCUUAGAUGUUUUCAUCCUCUUUCUGUCAGAUGCCAACAACUGUAUUGUUUCUUUGUAAAAUUGCUCUUGAAACUAAAGUGAUGCAUUGUGGGCUUUUGGAUGUACAUGUAUAUGAUCAUUGAUGGAACUUUUAGUAUAAUAUAGCAGAUUCCCAUAGAUAUACAGUACUCCAAUAGCCCCACUAUGACUGUUAUGUGAUGCAUACUUAGAAGGAAUGUCUAUUUGUCUGUUUCCAAACACUGUACCCGGAAGAUCUCAUGAUGAAGUCUGGCAUAGAAAACUAAUGACUCUCCACUCCUUAGAAACCUCAAAGGGGGACUAUUGUUGACACAUGUUUAUAUAUUGUAAGAAAUGUUCUUUUGUGAUAACAAAAUAUUGUUGGGUCAUGGUCACAAAGUUAUCUUAUAUCAAAUUUUAAUUAUGAAAUUUCACGUGGUUUCAAGUAAGCCACUAGCUGCAGCUUUAUAAAAAGUUGUCCAUACUGCAGUUCAAUGUGAUUGAUGUAUAACAUACCCUGUGAAAUCAUGACAAACUGAAAAAAUAAAUGCAUUUUAUAUUUUCCCUAA